AUGGAAAAUGAGCAUGCAUCGUUCGGUCCGCUGACGUACUAUUACCCAGCUAUGGGUCCUACGUUACCGCCCCCUCUGGUCUACUGGGGUUAUCCGACACCACCAGUUUCACCAGCCCAUUACUACCAUCAGCCACAUCACCCACAGACUAUGAUGCAGGAAGUGGUACCAGUCGGGGGCGGAUCCCCGCUACCCAUACCUCCCCCAGCAACUUGCCCCGAAUGGCCUAUAUUCAUGGUCAACUGA